AUGAGCGCACAAGAUGAGCAACGACUCAUUUCACUAUUUUUUGCGGCUACCUGCAGAGCUACGCCGUAUAAUCUGGAUGCUCUGCCUACCGUACCGUAUAGCAGAAGAAGAUACCCCUGCUUUUUCGAUGGCUACGAUUCCAAACAUAUCUGCUCGAACCUAGGCAUGGCACUCCAAAACGCUCAGAUGCCGGCUAUUGCAUACGUGAAUAGCGAGUCUCGGCAAGUCGCCUUGGAGCAAGGACGCCUAUUGAAACCGGCUGAUGUGAGAACCAUGGAGUCGCUAUGGGUGCAGCCGCAUCGAGAUGUGCUACAUCUUAACUGGUCGCGAUUGACCUUUGCUUACUGGGGAGUUAAUACAGAACUUCCAGGCUGGGCCGACGAGUUUCUAUUGCAGGCAAAGGAUCUUGGGAUGCGGCCUUCUGUCACGGCAGAUCUUAUUCGCCCUUUUAGCUUAAAGGCAGUGUUGGCAUGCGCUGGCGAUCCUGAUGCGCUUGAUAGACAUAACCGUUUUCAAUUCGGUGAAUGGGAUACACCAGAAAUCCGUUAUCACUCCAGAGGAGGUGGAGUCGAUGACGUGCGCGAGAUGGUUGAUAUCCUACCUUGGGCGAAAGAUCAACGCAGUGUGCUAGAUAUAGCUAUGACGGGGGUUUCUCUACAUAUCACUAGGCAAGUUGCUCUGAGAUCUGGCCUCUUCGGACUACUAGGCGAUGCGCCUGUUCAGAUGGUUGAUGUUGACGAUGAGCCUCGGUUGAGGAAAUUCCAAGCACUAUACCGGGAACACUUAUUGGAAAAGGAACCAGUCGUGCAGAAACUUUUCGAAACACUUACCGGACCUGUGUUCAAGAAAGCCGUGGAAAUCUGGAGAAGAAACGCCGAAUGGACUAUUUUCGCGUCCAUGUGGCAGUCGGCUCGAGACAGAAAUGUCGACAUUCUUGGGGCGGUUCCGGGCUCCGCUUGGCUGCCUUACCUGUCGGAGCGAAAGUACAUCUAUAUGGAUCAGCAUUUGUCUAAUGAACAGCACCCGUGGGUGAAGCAUGCUAGGCAGAUUGCGCCCAAGCUACGAUUGCGGGUCAUGGUGCGAUAUUGUACCAAUGAGUGUUACAUAAAGGGGCGACUUCCCGAGGGCUUUGGGUUUCAUGAAGUAUAG